GCAGAGGAAGAAAUCAAAAUGGCGACGCCCGGAGCAGGAAGACCAGCCAGUGUCGUAUCCUUUUCACUGCAUCUCUUCAGUAACUCAGUCUAACAGGACCGUCCCUCUCGUCCCUCUCGUCCCUCUCCGUCCCUGACUGAUGAAGAUGACCGACAACACCUUAACUUCACACCAGCUGUCGUCUGUGACUCUGCAGCUGCUGCUGAAGCUGACAUCCGUCUACUUUGUUCUCUAUUUCCUGCUCACUCUGGGCCUGAUCAUCAGAAAGAGCUUGGUGCUGUCUUAUCCUGCUGAUGCUCUGGUCUGUGAUGUCUGUCUGCUGUUCCUCCUGGCUCUUCUGGAGGUCCUCCAUUACUCCUGCGGUGUGAGGGGCCACCUGACGGAGAGUGAGAUCCUUAUUCUUACUAACCUCAUUGUGACCGGGACUACUAUCCUGCUGACGGUCUACUUCCUGGUAUGGCAGACAUACGUGAUGCGGUUGGACGUGAUCCUCAGCAGCAUCUUACUCGUUGUGUAUGGCUUAGAUGGAGUCCUGGCUUUCAGCACUUUAGCCCGACUGGCCAGUGACAAAUGAAGAAGCCUUCUCUCCGUCGUUAUGUUGUAGCUGAACUCACAGCCCGACUGCACUUCUUUGAUACAACCAGAAAUCAAAGUCACUUUGUCUUUAAGACAGUUUGAAUAUUUGUAAGGUGACAACUGUUUUAUUGAAGUUCUGGUUCAUCUGCGCUGUGAGGAUCCCUCUCACUGUUGUGCAGUCAGGCCUGUUUGCCAUAGAGCAUAACAGAUUUUUUUGUAUUUAACAUUUUUCUAUGUGUUAAAGAUAAAUAUCUAUAUUUGUAUUGCUAUUGAUUAUUUAUAUUAAACAUACCACAUUG